AUGUCCUUGUGGUUCCAAGACCGUGAACUUCCUGGCUCGGCCCAAUGGUGCAAAACCCAAUCUGACGAAGAGCGCAUGCACGGUCUAAAGAUUUUCGAUCACAUUGUAAAGAGGCGGGCAAAGGGGGCUUUGGUGCACGCAAUCGGGCAACAAAAGUUUUCGUAUGAUGACCCUUUGCAGAUUUGGGAAAAGGCUCUGGAACAAGAACAGCUCAACUCGGUUGCCAUCAUGGAUCUCGUCCGACAGGCGCGAGAAGAGGGUGACUAUACGACCGACACGUUUCUUCAGUGGUAUGUCGCGGAACAGCUUAAUGAAGAAACGUCUGUGAAGGAUAUUUUGGAAAAUGCUAAACGGGUCGCCGCAACGACUGGGUUGUAUGUUACAUUUGAUUCGCAAAUAACGAGGAAGCCACAUUGA